AUGCCGAAGAUCAAGACAAGCCGCAUCAAGUACCCUGAAGGAUGGGAGUUGAUCGAGCCCACACUGCGCGAACUUGAGCAGAAGAUGAGAGAAGGUUUGCCCUCCUGCGGCUGUCCUUUUUCGUUUUGGUUGGUUUGAUAUUUCGCGCUGUCCUUACCGUAUGCGUGCGACGGACUUUUUGAUUCCUCCUCGCGUACGCAGCUCAAAAUGAUCCACAUGAUGGCAAGAGGAAGUGCGAGGCUCUGUGGCCGAUUUUCAAGAUUGCGCAUCAGAAGAGCCGUUAUAUCUAUGACCUUUACUUUCGCAGAAAGGAAAUUUCGAAGGAGUUGUACGAAUUCUGCCUUGAUCAAGGCCACGCAGAUCGCAACCUAAUUGCAAAGUGGAAGAAGGUUUGGAUCUUUCUCUCUCUCUCUCUCUCUCUCUCUCUCUCUCUCUCUCUCUCUCUCUCUCUCUCUCUCUCUCUCUAUUAAAAUUUUUCUUUCAUUUUUGCUUUUCGUUAAUUAGCCGCCUGCGAUAUGUCUUUCCUCUUAUGACUGUCCUCGAAUCAGUUGAGUGGAUUGGUGUAAAAAAAUACCCUAUGGAAGUCAUGGGUUUUGCUCAAGGGGCUGCAAGGAGCGCCGAAGGUUGGAUUGUAUGGAAUCUACAGACGGCGUCAGUUCUUCAAAAGAGGUUUUGGCAUAUUCAAACUUUGCAGAAAUUGUCUUAUUUAGGAAUGUUUAAUGAAAGCUAAGCACUAUUUCGAGGAAAUAUGUGCUGGACGCUAGGUCUGUUUUAGGUAGUGCUGCACGUUAUCAUCUUCGGCUUCCCUGAUUAUCAGAGGAAGGUGGGUGGUUAACAAAGGGAUUUAAUUCUCGGGUUUCUUUGUCAUCGAUGGAGGAAUAUGGAAGAAAUUCUGAACAGUGAUUUUCGUAUGUGUUAUUGAUGGUAAAAAGUGUUAAAUUUAUCAUUCAGUCUUGUUUCAAGAUAUUAUGAUCUGAGAUAGAAGACAAAUCAAAUAAAUUUCUUACUCUCUGUGAAUAGCGUCCAUGGUGUGACCUGAUACCUCACUAUCAGGUGGUAACCAUCGACAUCCUGAAAUGGUCUGCGGCUUGUAGUAUUGUGUCAGCUAUUAAUGUACAUGUCUCGAUCGAGGUUUUAAUGGGAUUUUGGAUGAAGAAUCACAAGACCAAGCAUUGCGUGAAUAAAAGAGUAUCCCCUUACGUUUCUAGACUUUAUAAUGAGAAUGGAGGAAUUGAGGAUAGGGUUUGGCGAAGCAGUCGUAGAAGUGCUUCACUAAAUGGCUUUAGUAUGCUGGUUGUCAAGAGGGAGAGAAAGAUUUUACUAAGAGUUGUACCUGCAAAUCACUGUCAGAAUGCUAGUUUCCUAUGUUGAAGUAGCUGGUGAAAAGGGAGGGGAGAUUGGAAAAGCUGGUUAUCGUGAUUAGAGUUUCCUCCCAGGAAGGUGGUUACCUCCUCAGAGGUAAACUUCAUUUUUUAUGGCUAUUUCUCCCAACUGUGUUUGAGCCUCUCGAUGCCAGUAUCUUAUCCUUCUUGCAUCUGGCAUUGGCCGAGUGUGAGCGGAAAGUUGAGCAGGGUUCAGGCAGAACCAUGGACUCUAGUCCAUGUGAGACUGCGUUCCCUCUGUCUUCAAUGCAAGACAUUAAAAACUAACAGUGAAGGUGGCUGGGAUACUGUGUCACUGAAUUUGACUCUAUUAAGAAGGGAAACUAUCAGAGUUGAGGCAAAAGAUUCCUCAUGGUGAAGCUACAUGUGCGAUUCAUCUUGCUAGCAACACUUUAUCGUGAAUUUUAUGUCAUGUUAGAAAGUGGCGAAUCUGGGUUAGCGCAAUCGUGUCUCUGUAGCAUGAAGUUCCUUACUUAGUCAGGAUCAAAGAGAGCUAAGGGAACCUUGUUUAUUGGAACGAGCAGCAGCUUCACUGCAGAUGCUGGAAUGUCAUCUAUAGACUAGAAACUUUCUGGGGAGUAUGUCACCUGCGCCUCUGGUACAGACCAUCUGCUACAGCUGAUAGUUGAAAGAGUAUGUCUGUUUUGAAAAGGGAAGUCGGACCAUAAAAUUUUCAUCAGGCCUUGGUUCUCUGUUUCUUAUGGUGUUUUUAAUAUCCUUGUGCACGCAGCAGUAAAAAGAAAACCGGGAGGAUGAUGACCACCAGAAGGUUCCUCUGAGAGGAAGAGAGGUUAAAAUAUACUUUUCUUUGUGAUUUUUCUCUCUUUUUUCUCAUAUGAUAGCCGCAUCAUUUUCUCAAUUACUGGUCUGAUGCGGAAUCGAUUGAUGUUGGUGUGCACUCAAUUUGGAGGUGGAUGAUGCGUUGGAUGAUUAUGGACUUGAUUGGACUUGGAUCAUCCAAGCUGGAUAUGUUUGUACAAAGAACCCGAAAAUCUGUGGAAGAAGUUAUUUUUCUAUUAUUUUCUUUCUCUGAGAUGUAGUUAUCCUGGUUAAGAGGGAAAUUGGGAUACAGGAGAGGCCUCUUCCGAUCUUCUCAUCAGUUUUUAAGUAACUGAUGAAGAGAGAGUUACGAGUUCUUCUCUGAUGAAGAUCGACUUGUCAUCCAUCUCUCUCCAUUUCGUCUUGGAAAGUAGCCGUGUCUUUGCUCCGGUUCUUAAUUUGGUAUCACAUCCCAAGGUUUUUCAAACAAUUAGAAAAGGGGUAUCAGAGGGUGAACGCACCUCGUCUAGAACACAUCAAGCAGGAGAUCGUAAGAGUGUCUGAUCAAUUUAUCGGUACAUUUCAUAAGAGCCCAAUUGGGGUGAAAAAUAUAGUCUCUUGCGGUUUUUCGACUAUUGUGUUAGAGUAAUCGAGAAUUAUGUUGGAAGCUCAGUAGAGGGCCAUUCAACCUUGUAAUCUCAUAUCAUUACGUAGGUUUUACGGCGGUUUGGGCCCAGAGCCUGUUUUCCAGCUUUUUCUCUGAGCCCCCCAUUUAAUCUUCCCAAAAUGGCAUUGAACUCCUAACUCUUUGUGGGGUGGAGAGACUGAGGAUCCCAUGCCAGUUUGCAAAUCGGUGCUCUGACUCCUCGUACUUAAUCAUUUCCCCAUUCCAAAUCAGACACAUGUAUGCUUGUUUUAAUGCAAUCAUAUCCCUAUAGUUCUACUGUGAACAUUACUUAAUGUAUGUAUUCCCAGGAUUUUGUCCCGGAGGUAAUGUCAUUGAACCCCUCACCCCUUUUGGGGUGCAGAGACUGAGGAUCCCAUACCAGUUUGCAAAUCGGUGCUCUGACUCCUCGUAAUUAAUGCUUUCCCCAUUUCCAAAUCAGAGAUAUGUAUAUGCAUGUUCGUAUGAUUUAAUGCAAUCAUCAUAUCCCUAUAGCUUUGCUGUGAACAUUACUUAAUACAUGUAUGUUUUUUAUAUGCCCCCCCCACUCCAAUUUAAUCUUCCCGGAAGUAAUGCCAUUGAACCCCUCACCCCUUUGGGGGUGGAGAGACUGAGGAUCCCAUAGCAGUUUCCGAAUUGGUGCCUUCCCCAUUCCAAAUCAGAGAUAUGUAUAUGUAUGUUUGUAUGCUUCAAUGUGAUCAUGUUCCUAUAGUUUUGCUGUGAACAUUACUUAAUGGGAUCAUCAUGUUCAUGGCUGUGCAGCCGGGCUAUGAGCGGCUGUGCUGCCUCCGCUGCAUGCAGCCGCGGGAUCACAACUUCCAGACCACAUGCGUCUGCAGGGUCCCCAAGCACCUGAGGGAGGAGAAGGUGAUAGAGUGCGUCCACUGUGGCUGCCGAGGAUGCGCCAGCGGAGACUGA